AAGUGUCAACGUCCGGUGGGGUCGUCCUCCCUGCCCCCAUAUAGUGCCCCACCGGCCACCGGCGGGCGACCCGCGCCCCCACCACUCGCUCCGGUGCUGUGACCGUGUCUCUCCCCACCACCUGUCUCCCAGCCUCGUCAGAUUCCUCCGUUCCGAUCGAAGCCUCGAUAGCUACGCCCGGCCAUGGCAAAGCUCCCUCCCUGCCUACUCUUCGCCGCCGCCGUCUUCGCCGCCGCGGCGCACGCGGCGGCGGCGGGCGGCGCCGUGACGGGCGUGUCGGCGGCGGCGGCGUCGGACCCGGAGGACAAGUGCGUGUACACGGUGUACGUGCGCACGGGGUCCAUCUGGAAGGGCGGCACGGACUCCAAGAUCGGGGUGACGCUGCUGGGCGGCGACGGGUCGGGCAUCCGGAUCGCGGACCUGGAGCGGUGGGGCGGCCUCAUGGGCGCCGGCCACGACUACUACGAGCGCGGCAACCUGGACAUCUUCAGCGGCCGGGGCCCCUGCAUGCGCCAGGCCCCCUGCGCCAUGAACCUCACCUCCGACGGCACCGGCCCGCACCACGGCUGGUACUGCAACUACGUCGAGGUCACCGCCACGGGGCCCCACCUCGGGUGCGCGCAGCAGCUCUUCACCGUCGAGCAGUGGCUCGCCACCGACGCGUCGCCCUACCGCCUCUACUCCACCGUCGACAACUGCGGCGGGAAGAAGCGCCGGGAGGACGCCGAGGCCGCCGCCGCGAUGUGAACCGAAGCUCCAGCCUCCAUGGCUUCGAUCACCUGCGCCCCCUAUGUAAUUAUGUGAUCUCGCUGAUCGGAUUGCGCUUCUGCGAUGAGGUCACGGAUCGAUCUCUGUAGUAGUGCUUGCUAGUACGGGAGAAUAAAACCAGCCACCGUUUCUUCAGGCUCCCAUCGCUGCUGGGAGUUCGUGUUUGACUUUGAUGAGGUUGUUUGUAUGUCUGCGUCAGUUUAUUUGCCUUUGAUGCGGUCUCCUGCCACUUGGCAUUGGUUUCCCCCUCCGUGUCUAGCUAUGGUGAUUGUGAUUUUUUGGUCGUGUCGGCAGAAUCGAUCAAUGCAAGGAACCUUUGCCCUGUUACCC